GGUAGCGCCUCAUUAACACAACGCCGCACAUAAACCAGUCAUGCUGGACUCGAGGUUUGGAACGCACAACCGAUUGCUUUACGGCACUCUGCAUGGCAUAGAAAGCUCUGCUUCACGACAUCGGCAUUUGGUGCCAUGUAGUGUACGGCAACAUGGUGGAGUCAGUGCUCUGUUCUGGAGUAGUAAGCAGAGUGAGUUCAGUUCUACAAAGGGAUGUUAAGCAGUUUGGCAAACAGUUCCUCUUUGACCGUAAGGAGGAAACGUGCUGGAACUCUGAUCAGGGAUCAUCUCAAUGGAUUUUGCUGGAAUUCCCACACAAAGUCUGUGUAUCAGAAAUUCAUAUCCAGUUCCAAGGUGGCUUUUCCAGCAGGAGCUUCAUUCUACAUGGGUGCCUUAGCCAAAGUGAAUUGGUGAAAAUUGCUGAAUUUUACCCAGAAGAUAACAAUGCUCUUCAGAGAUUUGAUUUUCCACAGCACUGUGUUAAAAAACUCCGUCUAUGUUUUUCAAACAGUACAGAUUUUUUUGGAAGGAUUGUGGUUUACCACCUUGAUGUGCUUGGCAGUAAGACAUGAAAAUGCAGUAUACAUGGUAACACGGCAUGCAUAGUAUUCAGCUAUUGGUGCCAUAUGCUGUGGAUUUUCUAAAAUACAGGAAACCUUUAUAAUAAAGGUGCUACAGAAUCUACAACUAACACAAAGGACAGUAUCGCGUGCCUUCUUUUUUGUGCUUGGACCUCUGUACUGAACUUUUACAGACGCAUGAAAGAACAUGUACGUUAGAGACUCUAACAUCCAAAAACAAACCUUUUACUCUUUUCAUAAAAUUAUCAUCUUAUUCACAGCUAUGUUUCAUUUACUGCAAAAUCUUCAGUAACAAGGCAACAAUGUUGUUUUAAGGUGAACCAAAACAAUGUAACAUGUUUUAUAUUAAAAUGAUCAAAAAGCA